UUAGCAUGGCGUGCCCGUCUUCUUGCUCAGUGUGUCACGUGAUGAGUUUAUUUCUCGUCCUUCUUUAGUGAUAACAAUACUUGUCAGAAGUGUAGUUUAUUCGCCGCCAUUGAGGUGAGGAUUAGUGACUUAGAUGAGUGGCUUUGCACGGUCGAAGGAAACUGUUUAGCCAGCCGCCCCUUGUAGCUGGUGCAGAGCAAGUUAGCUUAGCGCCUCCUAGCAUUCCCCGAGUAGUAGCAGGGAGGAAGGGUGACUGUCGGACGCACUUUUACGGCUGGCAGCUCCUCCGGCUCCGUUGUCACAUGUACUUGAAGGCAUUUUUACACUCAGGCCGAUACAAUGACGUCAUCAACAACUGGUCGACAGAGUCUAAAUCUAUACCGUAGGCCAAAUUUAUAUGCAUAUGCAUGAGACAGAGCUGCCAAUUUCACCAUAGCAAGAAAAACUGUCAAAUUACAUCUCUAAUUCUUCGUCCAUGGGCUAUUUUAACAAAACCAUGACACGGACAUUAUCCGGACAACUCUUGUAACUUGGGGAAAAAAAGGCAUAAUAUAUCUCCUAUAACUCUUUUGUGCAUGAUUUGUUAACAACCGUUUUUUCCGAGUGUCACCUCUUGCCUGUUUUACUCACUCCAUUUCAGAGAAUGUGUUGAGUUUUAUAGCAAGUUUUUUAUAUCAUAACAGGGUAUCAAAAUGUUAUUGCGGCGCCUUGACACAGUACGUGGAAAAGUUUGGGCAAGGCCCUUUGCAAGCAAGGUCCAUAAAGGAAACAUUUAAGGUUUAAUAUAGAGAAACCUGAGAGCCUAGAGCCCUGACCUCAACCCUCAAAACGCCUUUGAGAUGAACUAAAACAGAAAGCGUGACAGGCCUUCUCUCAGGGCCAACUUCAGUGACCUCUGACCUCACACGUGUUUUUUUGCUGGGUGGCUGAACACACUCCAAAAGAAGAAUGCAAGCAUUAUAGCUUCUAGCAACUCCAUCUUUUCCUGUAGGUGUAGUGGCCAGGUCCCAAUCACUGACUGGUCAUGUUUUAAAGUUGACGUUUAACCUAGUGUAUUUAACUGAUGGAUAUAACGCUGGUCAUGGUAGGGCCAUACACACAGCAGGGCUCCUCUCCCAUGUGGAGGAGGUGUUGACAUCUGAGAUGACAGAAGGUCCAAAAAAGCAGCACAAAUCCAACUGCAACGACAAACAAAAUACGUUCGGCUGUGACGCUGCAUUGCGCUCAAUAUCAACCACAAACUAGCUAGCUACCGGGAAGACAGGAAAUCAAUCAUGAAAUGUAUUAUUCCAUGUGUAAAGUCAAUGGAUGUCAGUCGUGUUCGAGUUCAGAAGGUUAAACAUGCAAAACUGCCGCAAGGGUUCUUUACAGCUUCUUAACACCACACAGGGGUGUUCUCAACCUUUGCAAAUAAUGUUUUAUACAUCACAAAACAUAAUGCCUUUUUUUUUUUUCCAGAUGUAGUACAAAAUAUCCACUAAAUACUCUUGCCUGUGCAUGACACGCAGUUUGUGUGUGGUCUUCUUGGAGUACUGCAGUGGAUUAUGAGUAGUCAAUCCCACUGUAAGCAUGUGAUGUGAGGCCUGUAAAGUAUUACAAUGGAGAUCAGCUGUUACUACAGUAGCUUGCGCUGGUACAGAGAGAACAGACCCGGAAGGAGCUGCUAAUCAUGCCAUCGAACAUUUUUGCUCUAAGCUCAUUGAAAAUGUGUCUAUGCUAUACGGACAAACGUUUUUGGACGCACCUUUCCCUCAAUUUCUUCAUCGAUUAAGUUCCUCCUGAGUCUCUUUACUCUUUACAUUUUGAGCAUCAUGCUUACAUUUUGUUUGCGGUAGCAGUCCGUCCAUAUGUUGUAGUGAACAAAGAAAGGUUCAUAAGUGAAUGGUAGGAUGCGUUUGGUGUGGAAGAACAACUAUGAGAUGAUUUACAAUGAAGAUUUGGAGCUAUGCCCAAAUGAUCCAACAUCAGUGACCUCUCAUAAACGUUAUUAAUGGACGAAUGGUUACAAAUCGUCCAGACAGCAAUAUCAAGAAGAAAGUCAUCCUAGACGAGCAAGUGGGUGCUGCUGUUGUGCUUGAAAAGGGGGGCCAACAUUUGGAAAAACUGUCUUAAUUCAUUCAAUCUGUCAAAAUGUUCAUAGUCAAUGUGUAACACAUCACUCUAUGGGAUUCCCCAAAGCAAGAGAAAUGUAGUCCAGUGUUUAUUUGGGUUCCGCUCUUAAAAGAAAAACAAAAAAUUGCACACAUGCACACGAAGCUAGAGGAAGUAAGCCCUGUUACCUCAGCAAAAUGGCUUCCACAACCUUUCUCUAUUCAGUUCAUUCUGUCAUUUGCUUGUGUAUUUUUUUUUUUUGUAGAAGUGUGCAGGGAUUUGUGUGUAGAUAUGCCACUGCAUGGGUAAAAAAGUUCAGGCUGUGUUUUUUUUCCAGACCAGCUCGUAAACCACAUCUGGGGAAAGAAUUUAGAUUCCUUCCCUCCGUCUUUCUGUGUUGCCUUCCCAGUCCCCCUGUGUAAUUCCCCUCCCUCCUCGCCUGCUCUGGUGAAAGGAAGAAAAAAACAGAAGUCAGCUUCUUUCAUUUUUCCUCCUUUGUGUCCUCAGGGUAACUUCAGCCUGGUUUUGGAGCAGAGAAGAGGAAUGUCUUAUUUUGCACUGAUCACUAGUGUCUGCAUAGCUUUGCUUCACAUAUGCGGGAAGGCUCAAAUGAGGGAAGGAGCGAGGGAGGGAAGAUUAGCAAGAAGCGAUGAAAGACGAAAGCAGGGGGAGAGGAUGUCAAGUGAGGCAAAAAGUUAGUUUUUCCAAGGGAGAAAAUGUAAAUUAGAGCAUUUCAGCAUGCCUGUACAGCUCUGUGAUUGUCCCUGGCUUCCCAGCGUGUCAGUGGGCCCACCAAACCGACGCCAGUAGCUGACUGACAACCACCCAGAAGGCCGACAGACUUCAAUUUUCUUUAAUCCGAUUGGCUGGCUGCCACAACUUCCCCCAUCCUGACUGGCUCUGGCGGGAGAGUGGAUGGAGCCAAGCGAUCCGGUUGGCUCGGCCCGACCCAAAGAGGCGGAGUUACAGGGAGGCGGGGCGCCGCGAAAUGAAGGAGCGGGAGGUAUCGGCUCGGCACGUAGUGACGAUGUGAUUCACGGUGGCGUCAGUGAAGGGGAGGGGCUUGAAGAACAGGGGGAGGGGCUUCUGGAAGAGCAGGAGUUCUCCAUCAAGGAAGCGAGUUUCCAGGAAGGAAGUCUAAAGCUGAAGAUCCAGACCACCAAGCGUACCAAGAAGCCCCCCAAGAGCCUUGAGAACUAUAUUUGUCCACCGGAGAUCAGGAUGACCAUCAGACCUCCCGCUGGGGGAGGCAAAGGGGGGCGUCAGGGCCGAACUGGAGGCGGGGCCAUAUCAGGGCGGGGUCAAAAGGAUGAGGAAAGAGGACCGCCCAGAAAAAGGACAUACGAGCGGCAGUUCAGAAUGCCCGAGCAGAGAGAAGGAGGCCUGUUGCAACUAUUGGGGGAUCCCUCUCCACCCAAACACCAGCUUCGCAACACUCUUCUUCCUGCAGCCGCUCCCUCCCCUGUACAACCAAUGCAGCACACCCCCACGCAACAAUUCCAACACGUUCAGCAGCACCAAGUCAGCCCAGACUGGAUCGCGUUCAGAGCACCGUCGGUUUCUCCAGCCAAUCCGACAGAUUCCGAGCCGGCUGUAGAAUUAGUGGGAGCCAGCAGGAGUGCAAAUGGUCGAACGGAUUCUAAUGCAGCUUUGCCACCAACUGUGACUCAAAGCCACUCACCUCAGAGAUCUUUGACACCAGACCUUCAGUUGCCAGUUGUUACAGAUGCCAGUAUUCUCAACCUUACCUCUCUGAGCAGGGGGAAAGGUUUGCAGGAAGUUAAUGAGCAGCUUUUUGGGAACAUCAAGAGAAAGUAUGGCAGGAAGGAAUCCCAGAAGAUACUCUCUAAUCCUCACAGUGCUGACACGCUGUGGGGAAGACAGCCUGAAAUAGAAAUAGGAAGCCCAUCAAAUUCAGAGGACAGGCAGCGGUACAGACAAGAGACGACUGAGCAAUUUCAAGAAGAAAGAGAGGGAAGAAGGAAGGAUGAAAGAGAGCGAAUAAUUACCGGAAGGAAAGGGGAAGAAGAGGACAGAGGGAUGCCCAUGCUGACAGAGGAAGGAAAAGGAAGAAAAAGGCGGAGAAAGCCUUCUUUGCAUGAAUCCUUUUCUGUCGUGGAACAAUCCCUCCAACGACAGGACUCGAACACAACAGAGAAGUACCAGCAUAAGCCUGCAGAUCCCAAAGUAGCUCAUAAGAUGGAGAGUCACAAAAAUGAUUCCAGGCUCACAAGUCAGAGUGAUAUCAGUGGAGAGAAGUCAGAGAAAAGUGAAAGAUCGGAUAAAAGUGACAAAAGAGAGAAGGUAGAGAGGGUAGACAGGGCAGAAAAAGAUGAAUCAGUCAGGAGUUGCACUGAUCCAGAAUCAACCUUUAGCAUGAACAGAAUGAAAAAGAACCCAGUGGGCCGUCCCAAGAACAGCAUCGAUGCACAUAAACACAGAGAUCUUGCCCUAAACAUCAGCAAACCAAACUUCUCCACAAGUCCCAGACUCCCUAUUCCAAACCCCAGCCCCGGCCCCAGCCCCAGCCCCAGCCCCAGCCCCAAGGGAAGUAUCAGUCCUAGCCUAAGCCCUAAAGCCAGGCCGAACUUUAGCCCCAGCCCCAGACCGAGGGCAACCCUGAGUCCGAGUCCGAGCCACGGCGCCAUCUCUACAGUCAGCUCCAGAUCAAGUAAGGCUAAGGACAGAUGGUCAUACCUGAAAGCAAAAAGUCACACCAGCAUCACCUCCCCCCAGAGAGAUAUCUGCAGUAGUCCAUCAAUGGUAGUUGAUCCACCGUCAGCCUUCCCUAUAACUCCUUCAAGUCCACUCUAUACAAACACAGACAGCCUGACCGUCCACAUGCCCGUCAAAAGAAAACGAGGACGCCCCAAGAAACAGCCCCUUCUCACUGUAGAAACCAUCCAUGAGGGGACAUCCACCUCACCACCGAGCCCCCUAGCGCAAGAAACCUCUGCCGGGCUAAACCGCAGGAGGAAGGCUAAUCCACUAAACGCAACAAUGAAUACAACAUUAGUCCAAAUGGUGUCAACAAAUACCAGUUCCAAUUCCAAUUCCAAUGGUCUGAAAGUCAAACGUGGCAGAAGCAAUUCAAAGCCAGUAAAUAAGGUAAAGCUCGGGAGGAUGCAAAGCAUCCUGAAUGAAAUCCUGUCCACCUCGAGUAAGAACAGCACUAUGAAGUCUCCUUCCGCACCUGUUACCUCCGCUAUGAAUGCCAUGGCAUCCACCAUUGAGGCUCGGCUGGGAAAACAGAUAAAUGUCAGCAAGAGAGGAACUAUCUACAUUGGUAAAAAGAGAGGCCGUAAACCCCGAGCUGAAACGCAAGGCGCUAACCUUCCCAAAAGUGUAAAGGACAAGCCCUCCGUGACUAUCUCUACGUCCAGUCUCUACGAGAGCUCUGUCAUGACCGCCACCACUUCUUCUCCCAACUCCAGUGCUCCACAAAUGAGAGUCAGCCACUCUGAUGCCACUAUGCCUAGUCUGCAACCCAUCUCAGCCCUGCCUCCCAAACCUCUAGCUAGAGGAUUCCUCUCUGGGGGAUGGAAACUGUCACCUCCACGUCUUCUAGCUAAUUCCCCCUCCCAGCUUUCAGAAGGCGCAUCAGUGAAGGAGGUCACCUUGUCUCCCAUCAGUGAGUCCCACAGCGAGGAGACGAUUCCCAGCGACAGCGGGAUCGGGACCGACAACAACAGCACUUCGGAUCAAACCGAGAAAGGCCCUGCGUCUCGGCGCAGGUAUUCUUUUGAUCUGUGCGGAUUCGAGGCUGCGGAGGCUGCUGCUCUGGAAGCAUCCGCCAGAGGCAACAGAGCUCGAAGUGAACGACAGGCUACUGUGGACAACUUCCUUUCUCAGCAGGAGAAGAAGCAAAAACAUAAUCGACGUAAGAGGAAGUGUCUUCAGAGCCGGGAUCAUCUUCACUUUCUUUCUGAACUCGAGGAGGUUGUGUCCAAGCUCCAGCAGCUACGAGUGUCUCACAGAAGAUAUACCCGUUACCCUCAGAAUCCCUAUCCCUCUAUUUUCCGCCUCAACUUCCAUCAUUAUUACCCGGUCACCUACGACACCUACCCUUGCGACUCCGGUCCGUAUAUCCGAAGGAGUGCUGAUCUGAAGGCCAAGAGGAGACGGGGUCGUCCGGCCAAAGCCAGUGAGCCGAUCACUUCGAAAAUACCUUUCGUUCAAGGAUAUGGCUAUCCACUGGCGGGGGGGAAUUACUAUGCAGCACCGUAUGCUCUGCCUUACACACCCCAUCUAAGCCUAGGCUAUUUUCCCCCAGCGCCUCCGUUCUACCUGCCUCACCACUCCCUUGGUCAUGUUCCCCCAUCACCCUUUAUGAGACCUGCUGUCCCCCCGCCCAAGGCCUUUCACUCCACUGGACACUCAAAGCUCCAGCCAGGGGUCAAGCAUCGCAGCAGCAGUGGCCCACUUCAGGGGCCGUCUGCAAGAGGGGAGGGAUUAGGAUCCAUCGGCAGUAGUGGUGCAGGUGGUCUCGGAGGUGUUCGCCUCCAUAAGAGAAAGCACAAGCACAAACAUAAGCACAAAGAUGAACCCCUACUUUCUCCACGAGACCGGCAAGAGUUGGGCGGUCUCUUCAGUGGAGCCAAGGCCAAUUCACAUCGCAACACGCUUAGCGACAUAUCCAGUCAAGGCCCUUCAAAGCAUCAGGAGAAGAGGCCCAACGGCAGAGGCUCAAGCCUGGGAUCCACUUUAGGGAUGUUCGAGGCGGAAAAGCUGUCCUCACCCACUCUUUCCGACGGCCGCUUCCGCUUGCGUCAGACUGGACAGCCGACGAACAGCUUCACGAGCAGCUACAGUAACCGAUCACAGCAACAGGAAUCAGCUUCCUUCCUCUUCUUGGGGUCACGGGAGAAUGAGUGCGGGUCGAGGAGCAGGAAGAUGAGGCCGACCGUGUUUGGAGAUCCAGGCCUGAUGUCACUGCAAAGCGCCAGGCAGGAGCCGGUCCAAAUGAACGAGCGCUCCAGUCCCCCUCUCUCUGGUGCUCCCGGUAAGCGUCGGUAUAAGCGCAGAGAGGUGGAACAGAUCCAGAAGGAGGUGAGAAGGAUGCAUUCCUUGAACUUCGAACAUGUGCAGAAGAUCCUCCGUGCCAAGCGCCUCCAGCGACAAGCCAAAACAGGAAACAACAUCAUCAAGAGACGACCCGGACGGCCCCGAAAGCAACCCCUGGAUGAUGAAUCGGUUCCGGCCGGCGGGAGGGCGGGGAACGUGUUGGCCAGUGAAAGAGCCGACGGAAGGACUCAGGGGAUGCCUGUUCUGGAGAGGUGUGACGAACCACCGGGUAGACAGAGCCUCAGGCCCGCUUUGACCCCAGAACCUCUGGAGUUUUCCGACCACGAUUCCAUCUCGGCCACCAUCGAGAAGGUGGUUCACAAAGCCCGCUCUGUGCCUCUGCCGGCCAAAGGGGGCAAACGCAGGGGCAGGGGCAACAGCAAGGAUAACUUGUGGGCCCCCUCCAAUCAAUAGACCUGCGACAGGAGCGUUGAAAGGAGCCAGCGAUGUGACUUCUCGGUGCACUUUGAUUUCGGAGAAUGACACAGCUCAGAACACUUCCAGUGCCAAGCCUUUGAAGGAUUCCUCGGACCUGCAUUUCAUAUGGCACUAUCUGCUUUCGUUUGAUACUGAAUCUGAUGCUAUAUAAUUGUGUGGUACUAAUGAUAGCGUAGGAUAUUAUGUGAUUCUUUAUGUAUCUGAUACAGUCAUGUGUAUGGUACUUGAUGAUACUGUAUCAGAAUGUGGCGUGAGCCAUAUAUUUUACCAGCAAGGGGAAGGGAGGGAGGGAUGGGGCUUAAGAUUCAUAGAAAACUAAAACUGUGCAGCUCAGCUUCUUUUCUGCCUUUCCGAGGGAGCCCGUCAAAGAGAAUACAGCAGUUAUUUAGCCACCUCGCUCUUGUACUUCUCCUAGUGUUUGCGCUUACUGUACGUCGUCGCGUCUGUUAUCUUAGCGUCUUGGUAGGGAUUGUUUUGGGUUUUCUUGUUUUCUUUUUUUCUUUUUUUUUUUGGUCCACCCCUGCAUCUUAAUCCCAUUUCCCUUUUCCUCCCGUCACCUUCUCCCAACCCAGAAGUUUAUGACUAACCCCCCCCACCCCCGGUUCACACUUAUCCCGGACGCUGACUUAAAGGUAAUAUGGUCGAUGAGACCGUCCUAGACUGUACAUAGACACAACUUUCACUCUCGCUUGCCUUGUUCAACAGGAAACCGGCUCACAGACAAGUACUGGAAUUCAGUAUAUCCACUUGAAUUGUUGUACUAUGAACAAUGAACGUUGCAUAUUGUUUCAAUAACCAAAACCAGACAUGGAUGCGACUCGAGACACGUUUGUUUUCAGAUAGAAACCACGUAUUCAGUCAUACACUCAUAAUUGUGUUUAUAUCUUGGGGGGGGGCGUUGUAUACAGUGGGAAUAUCAGGUGUGUUUGUGUUUUUUGUUGUUGUAAACCUGAAAAGUUGGUUUAAUGCACUAUGAAAAACUGUACACUUGCAUCAAUCAAAUGCAGCACUUAAAUGCUUGUUCCAGCCUUAUGGUUUUUGGCCUUGGAUGGUGUGUCUAUCCAUUCCAGAGAGCAUGCAUUACUUUUAAUCAAUUUGUAUAUGCAGGCUGCGCAGCCAAAAGCGUCAAACCGAAGCCCGGCUACGAAUUGAACGGAGAGGGCUCGCUCCGAUGCUGUACAGUGUUCGGAAAAGCUUGACCCACUCUUUAUACUUUCAUUUGAAAAAUAUUUUUGGGGACCUCAAAAAUCCAGUAUUUUGAAACCAAAGUCUCAGUAUUAAUUGUGAGGAUGUAUUAUUUAACAGAAUUUGAAUCAGCGUCUUCAUUGUGUGUUGGCACCAAUGUAAAUCACCCCUUUGUGCACUCUAGAAUGUAGCCAGGAUUGUUUUCAUGUCAAUGUGUACUGACUGUGUCCUUUUAGCAAUCUCUUCACUAGUGUUUAUUCCGUAUAUAAAGAAAUAUUAUUCAGUGUUCCUUUUCAGGAGAUUCUUUUUUUGUUUUGGGACAGGGUGGGAUUCUCAGUUGCAGCAGCUCAACUUGUGCCUUAUGAUUUCUGUCGUUCUCUUCUAGGAAAGGAAAGGACAUUUGACCUGAGAAAUAGCAACAUUCAACCCAAAAUAUUGAUGAUUGUGCAUAGACUAUCCCAUCUUUAUCUUGGACAUCUGAAUGUGACGUGACUCAAAUUGUCCUAACUGAACCAGAAGGGGGCAACCGGCAAAGAUUGUGUGUUCAAUGCGCUGUUUUGACAUAUUAGAUGACUUUCAAACUGGAGAUAACUUAGCGUAAACGCUCACUUACGACGUAGCAGUACCACUUUAAAUGGGUUUUUUUUUUCAACUGGUUAUGAAUUAGGCUUUAUGAAACCUUUAUCAACUGCUUAAUUCAACACAGCAAGAGCGACUGACUUCCUGCCAAAUAGUUCCUGCCACAUUUACUUCUAUUGCUUUGGCCAUCUGCUAAACAUAAGUCGCCCAUUAUAAAAUUAUUUGUAUGACCCUUUACAAUAAGCCUACCAUUUGUUAGCGGCUCCACGGUGACCAAAAAAAAACAAUUCAUCUGAAAUCUAAGACGACAUAAAUUACAGCAGUAUUGUUUACCAGACAGUAAGCCCAAUUGACACAAAAUGUUCUGUUUAUGAAUAUUUUCUAUCAUUAUAAACACAAUUUACAAACCAUAUAUAGGAAUAUUCUAAAGUGGAACAUCUGUGCUGAUAUUUGCAAGUUACAAACACGUCUACGACUGGCAAAGGAAAUUGUCACUCAUGUCUGCAUAUCCUUGUUAGCAAUGACCUUAAAAAGAAUUUCUUUGCGGCCCUGUGUACGAAGUAAAAUGAUCUCAUGUGGCAAAAAAAAAAAAACCCCAGUAAUAGUUUGUAACAAGUUGUGCAGGAAGUGACAUUUAAAGCAAAGUAUAGGGCAAGUGAAACUUAUAAGUGCGAAACUGCAGUUUUCUUCUUUUUGUAAGUUGUAGGGAGGGGCAUUUGGCUAAAUGUUCGAACUAUGGGGUCAAAUCAACCCUGAAAACACUUAUUGCCAGUUUAUCAUCACUUUUUCAAGAUUUUUGUUGGGUUAAAAAAAAAAUGUCACUAUGGCGGGGGGGGGUCUCCACUGUAAUCCAAACUUGUCUUAUCACAGUGUUGAAGGAAGGAUCUAAACCGCAGAGUGUUGGACCAGAAAUAGGAGUCCCCUGCUGGAUAAUAACUAUUUUGCCCGCAGCCGAGUCGGGGCAGUUUUGUUUGUUUGGGUAACACCCCCGCAACCCUCCAAAAUACACUCCUCCCGGUCGCCGUGUGCUUGACCUUGCUCUGUGUGGUCUGCAGUGUGUUGCGGAUCGUGCAACUGCGCUACGGCAGCUGCGUGCUGCUUUUACAGUUGAACAUCCUGGAUGUUUGCCGUCUUGUCCGUGAUCUGCCAGCCAGCCGACGCUCCGGUGCCUUCUAACACUGACAAGUAUUGUCCUAAAGCCGAGCUUUGACGUAGACUGGCCGUGGAUUGUGCUUACGAUGAGGGUUGAGGGUGUCGCACGUUGACCGGUGGCUCUUGAGUUUUCCGCUUCAGCUCGUUCGUGCCAGUAACCCGUUAGCGGCUAAGCGGUAGCUGCCCGGUAAAAUUGGAUCAUUCCGUGAGGAGACGGAGCCUCACGUAGUCAUCCUCGCAGGUGGAAGUCAGCGAAUAUCACAAAUAAAGUGCAGAUGAAUCACUGAGUGAAACCAAGAAAUGUACUUCUUUAGAGCACAAAGCGAGGGCAUAUUUGAGUUUGUCAAUUGGAACCUUUUUCUAGUGGCUUUCCUUUCUUGGCAUGCUCCACUUGAUUGUAUGCAUCAGUAUUUUAGAUGAGCCGAAAGUUGAAUUUGGAGCAACACUUGUACAUUGUUUGAUAUUUUUUCUUUUCUUUUUGUAAUGAAUUUUUUAAUUCAUGAAGCAUUUUUGUACAUUGUAUGAAUAUUAAAAAACUGCAAAUAUUUGACCUAUAGAGUAAAUACUAGAUGCGCAUGCAUAUGCAUAUAUUCUUCACCGUAUGUAUGUGUAAGUCUACACAUAUAUUUUGUAUUUGCAUUUGCUAGCAUACAGAUAUAUGUCUUUAAGCACAUAUAUACAUGCAAUAUAUAUGUAUAUCCAUGUCUGUCGGCAUGCUUUUGGUCAUGUUUAUCUUUCAUGAUCUUGUAGGUAUUUUUGUUUGGUUUAACUUCUUUUUCCUGAGAAAGAAAAGCUCAUUCUUUUGCUGUCCUUCUGUUGGCUGGCUGCAUUGAGCACUUAUUAAGAAGAACUACAGUUGAAGUUGUUCAUGUUAUCCAUUGUGUGAAAUAUUAAAUGACUUUAUUGAAAGCUUA